AUAAAAUAAAAUAACAAAAUAACGUUUUCCUUCUAAAACCCUAAUUCCCUAAACCUCAGGGCUCAACGGACACACUCAAAGCCUCCUACCUGAUUCUUGGCGCAACCCAUUAUAUAUACUCAGCCUCAAAGCCAUGAUAUCUAUUUGCCAAACCCUAGUUUCACUUGUUCAUCAUGGGGGGUUUUGUUAAUGACCCAUCUUUUAAAGUCAAGCUAGAAGAUAACAAAGAGGCUGUUCUUGAAUCUUCUGAGGUAAACAAAUCAAUUGAUUCACUUGGUGCUUUGUAUAUACCUGAAAUAGAUGAUCUUUCUUUGUCUUUAGCUGAUUCUUUUUUGGAUUUCGAUUGUUUGAAAGAUUAUAUUGAGGAGAAUCAAGAACCAUUUAUGGCUGGUGUGAAACAAGAGUUGGGGAUGGUUGGUGGUGAAGUUCUUGAUUCAGGGGUUGUUGGGGAGAGUCUUGAAAUGGGUCAAGAUGGAAGCUUUGGAGGGGUUGGUGUUGAAGAUGGGUUUAGAGAGGUGGGGUCUGAUGUGGGUCGAGAUGGGUUUCAAGAAGUUGUUGGGAAGAGUUUUGAAGUGGGUCGAGAAGAUAGUUGUAGAGAGACUAAUGGUGAAGAUGGGGUUGGGAAGUUUGGGUCUUUGAUUGAGGAAGAGAUGGGGAAGGUGAGUUUGGAUGAGAGUGGCGGUAAUGGAGUUGGUGAAGGUUUGGGGGAUAUUGAAAAGGUUGUUAUGUGUGAGAUGGAGGAUGGUUUGGAGGGUUUGGAGAGAAGUGAUAAACUUGUGGGUGUUGAAGGGAGUGAAUUGGAGAGAGGCGAAAUGGGAAAUGUUGAGUGUGGAGGUGAGAAGAGUUGUGAGAUUGAUGGUGCUGAAGGGGGUGGUAUUGAAAAACCAUGUUUUAAUGGGAAACUUGGGGAUAGUGGUAAUACAUUGACUAUUGAUGGUGUUGGUACUAAAAUUGGGGGAAAUAUGAGUGACGAGGAUGAUAGUGAAAGUGAAUCAGAGUCUGAGACCUCGGGUUCUUCUUCUUCUUCAUCUUCGUCAUCAUCUAGUAGUAGUGAAGAUGACGAUGAAGAUGAUGAUGAUGUGAAAGAGGUUGAGGAGGGUGAAAUUGACAUCGAAGAAGGCGAGAUUAGGGAUUCAGUUGAAGAUGAAAUGACUGCUUGGAGUGAUGAAGAUGAGGAGUUUGGCAUUGCCAUGGCUGGACCAAUUAUGUCAGCAAACGAAGUUAAGGUUCUGCCUCCUGUUCCUCCAGUGGAUGUUACUUUACAACCAUGUCAUGUGACCCUUCCAGUAGGAGUUGUAUUAUCGAUUGUUGGUACUCAAGUCAUUGUAGAAGGGGUGGAGAAGCACGACCCACUUAAUGAGGGAUCAAUUCUUUGGAUUACUGAAAAAAGAUCCCCACUAGGGAUUGUUGAUGAAAUAUUUGGACCAGUCAAGAACCCCUACUAUAUAGUAAGGUACAAUUCUGAAAAUGAAGUCCCUGUUGGGAUUCAGCAAGGUACUUCAGUAUCCUUUGUUCCAGAGUUCGUGAAUCAUAUCCUUAACAAUGGCAACCUUUACAAGAAAGGAUACGAUGCAUCUGGUGAAAAUGAUGAAGAGAUAUCUGAAGAAGCAGAGUUUUCAGAUGAUGAGAAGGAGGCUGAGUACAAGAGGUUACAAAAAAUGUCUAAAAGAGGGCCAAAAGACCAAACUCUUGAAAACAGGAAAAGGAAUAAAAAUAAAUCUAAAAGAAGAGGUGGUCAGUGGGGUGGUGACCAACAUUCAUCAGCCAAAGAGCCAAAUGAAAGAGUAGUUCAAGCACCAUCUAUUCAGAACCAACAUUUUCGACCACCAUUAUCAGUGAAUCAAGGCAAUAGUUCAAAUUCCAUGCGUCCAGUUCAAGCUUUUGCAGGUGGCCCUGGAUUGGUUCCGGUGUUUCCUCAGGCACCACAGGUCCCUGGUUUUGUGGCACCUUCCAGUGGAGUUUGGAUGAAUGGGAUCCCGUGUCAACCACCCCAAAGUACCUUCUCGAAUGGGCCUACUCCAAAUAAUAUGCUGCAAUUGCAGCAGAAUCAAGCUCAGCAACCCUAUCAUAUGCCUCCUUUUAAUGGAAUGCCACUACAACAAUUUAGUACUGGUCAAAUGAUGCCCCCUAACUUUGUCUUUCCAGGUGGGCAUCCAGGUUUUAGUAUGGGAGCAUUUACACCUAUGAAUCAAAUGAUGUUCAGCCAAAAUAAUUUUGGCCAAUUGCAAGCUGGUGCAAGCCAAAAUAACUUCAGCCAAUUACACGUUGCUGCCGCUCAAAACAACUUCAAUCAUUCACAGGCUGCCAUGAACAUGCAACAGCAACAUGCCAUAAAUAUGCAAGGGCAACUUCCAAUGAAUUUUGGCCAAUCAAAUGCUGCUGUAGGAAUGCAAGGCCAGCAUGCCCCCUCAAUUGUAAAUAACGGGGACCAAGGUGUUUUGCCAAAGGAGAACCAAAACGAGCAGAAUGGCAGUUCCCAACCACUGCCAGCAACUCCGCCUAGUACUGGAGGUCCUCAGAAUUUCAGCAGUGGAGUAAAAUUUGGCCGUGGAAGGAAUUCAUAUCAAAGAGGUGGUGGACGAUUUGGAGGUCGAGGUGGAAGAGGAAGGGGAAGGGGGAGGCAACAACCCAGGUGAAUGCAAUUGCUGAUGCAAUAUUUCCUUUUGUACAAGACCUUUAGUCAUGGAUUUAAUCACCUAGGAAUCUGGUUUUGCUUUAAAUUUUGGAAGUAUAAUUGUAAUUGUUCUCGCAUUUCAGAACAUCGUUUUACCUUUAAUUUUACCAGUUUCCAGUUUUUCUCUAAACUUGUCCUGCCAGUAUGUAUGUGUUGUGUGUGUGAUACACCAAAGAAAUACCAAGGAUUUUUCAUUACAGAA